GUCGCCAGCGGAGUAGAUACGAACAAUAUUUCCGGGCUCGAGUUGGCCGAGCCUGCUGUACAGAUCAUCGUCGACGCACCGACAAAUGGAGGCCUGAAGGUGCAGAAGAGUCCAAGGAAGCCAGAGGAAGCGAACAUGUGAGUAUUAUGACUUCCGCGUUCGGAGGUGAUCUUGAAUCAUGCAAUUCGCAGCACAUGCGACCAUACGUUGGUGACUCAUGGCAAUGCCAGUCAGUCAAGGUACGCCCACCCACUAUGAGAUGAGCCUUCCCUCACCGAAUAUUACCAGCGCAUCCCCCGUGCACUCGUCAAUUGAGAAGACCGCCAUACACUCUCAGACAAUCAUAGGACCUUCUGAUGACGUCGUUGGCGACCUCUGGAAUCUGGUCGACGCCGAAAUGGCCGCAGUCCGCGAUAGGAUGCACGCCCUCGAAAGCUUGAUACAGCAGUUCAACAAACACGGUGCACGGGUACCCAUUUCCACGCAAGGCAAUGCUGUGAAGCUUCGGGAUACGCAGACGGGCAAGCAGCACCUUGCGUCGCACAUGGAGAUCGAACAAGGGUGGAAACAGUACUUGGCCGGCGUAGCUGCGACAGUGGAUGCAGAGCUCUUGGGGACAUCGAAGAGAGGCGCCUCCCCAGCAUCGGGCUUCGUAACAAAGUCGAAGACCUCUUGGGCGUCCGCUCUGUUCAACGGGCAGAAUAGCUCGUCCUUUCAGAUCCUCGGAUCCGGGUAUGAAGGCUCCGCAAACGCAUCCAAAUCGGAGGACGCGUCCUUCUCCACCAUUCCCCUCGAUGGUUCGAGCAUUUCGACGAACGGUGACGACUACCGGCGUGCAAGAAAGGCAACACCGGCUUGUAGUAUCCCUUCGUCCCCGGUCAGCGAGGCGUGGUGGUGCAACAACAGCGGAUCUAGCGCAAGUGGCGACCUCCCCUCCCCGACGAGCUCCAGUGUCUCGACGAGCUCCAGCGUCUCGACGCCCGGCUCGUUUUUCUCGGAUUGCAGCUCGUGUUGGCCCUCGGAGGCAUCGUCUGGCGUCUGGCGACGCGGCGUCAAGCGUGUGCGAGAGGAGCCGCGUCGCCAUUGGCUGUCGCCUGUCUACAAGCGCGAGCAGCCGCGUCGCCAUUGGUUGUCCCCGUUAUACAAGCGUGGCAAGCAGCGCGGAACUGCGUGUAGGGAAGCAAAGCCGGCGUGGACAGUAGCAUGAAAGGAAUGCUGAUGGGGAGCCCGCAGUGUUGAAGUGGGAGUGGUGGAGUGGUGAGGUGGGGACGGGGGCACAAGGGAAGCGGGGUGAUCAGAGGGAGUCUAGGAGGG